GGUUGGAGAGUAUGUACGGCGAUCCACUGACGUCAAGGGUGGCGUGCCCGCUGGUACGGCACAUGUUGGGUAACCUAAAGGCAGCUAUGAACACCAGCUGGGACUACAGCAAUAUCACACAGGAGCAGGCUAACCGGGGAUACACAGCGGCCAAUUUUCUGUUCGGACAUUCAGAGACGGUGGCGCAGCUAAUGGCUACAUUAGGUCUUUACAAGGACAAUACCCCGCUCCUCGCGACUAACAGGGAAGCUUUGCGAGACAGGAAAUUCAAAUCAAGCAAGUUGUUGCCAUUCUCUGCCAAUUUAGCUUUCGUGCUAUAUGCGUGUAAAGCUGGUCCCAACGAUGACAACCCUGACAACAAGUUUCUCGUGAAGAUGUUCGUUAAUGAGGAAGUAGUCCGUAUACCAGGCUGCAAUGCCGACGCCUGCCCUCUUGACACCAUGCUUCAACAAUACGCCAACAUAACCAACAGCUGUGAUAUCGAGAAGAUUUGUGACGACGAUGACGAUGAUAUAUCAGGAACCAGUGUCAUCAUUAUUAACACCACCGUAUUUAUUGCAACAUUACUUUUGUCAGCAUUGUCAUGUUCAUAAAAUAUUCAGUUCAGUACUUGGAACUUCCAACUAUCCAAAACCUUACAUGUACCUUCGUUUUAAUACCAUUGAAAAUACUUUGUAAAAAAAUACAGAUUAUGUAAAAUAUGACAGUAUUAGAAUUAUGAAAGGAUGGGAAACGUGUAAAUAAUAUAUAACAUAUCUUAUUGGAAAAUGAUAUAAGAAAAGCAUACCCAGUCACAUGUUACCUGCAACCAAGAAAUAUACUCCCAAGUUGAUACCAAUACCGUACUGGCACAAAUCACAAACAGUAUGUCAAUAGAGAUAUGAACUACAUGUGUGUAGUUGACUUGUAGAUGGGGUACCCUAUACAGUACACUAUAUAGUCCUCUUAGUUCUUUACCGUGCUUUUAUAAGCCUGCAAAUCAUGACAAAUUGCUUUAUUUCAAACCAUUUCUACUUUGUUGCAUAUGUAUUUUAGCUAUUGUGUAGGUCAGUACUUCAAAUAUCAUAAUUACCGCACAUUUUAAAAUAUGAAUAUAUCUAAUAUUUUCUAAUAAUAAAUUGAGAUUUUCUU